UGCAGCCUCCGAGCCGAAGCGCUGUCUCUCCUCUUCACAGACCAGCCAGAGCAGGAAGCCACCUCAAUUUGAAUUUUAUUUUCAGUCAACAUCUGUUACAAUGAAGGGGGCCCUUCUGUUACUGCUUGUCGGCUGUGCUGUUUCAGCACUGGCAUCUCAGGAAGUCAACGAGCGAUCCAAUCCCUCUGCAACUGUGUCCCCUGGUCUGAAGUUUUCCCCCACUCCUGGCCCUGGCCAGACAACCACCACCACUACCGCCAAGACAACCACCACCAGCACCACCAAAUCAACGCCCCCACCACCUCCAAAACCCACCCCGUCCGCCAACGUGACUGCGGGAGAUUACAGCGUGAAAACAAAGGAUGGUGUUACAUGCAUGAUGGCUCACAUGGCCGUGCAGAUCCGUGUGGCUACAAAGGUCAAAGGAAUCUUCACUGUUCAACCAAAUUUGACAAGAGUUGAGGGGACUUGUGAUAAAACCAAAGUCAACUUUACACUUACCUUCAAAGAGGGAGCCAUCACCUUCAUGUUCAACAAGAGUGUUGCUGAAAAUACUGUCUAUGUGAACGCUUUGUCUUUCAGCCUGUCCUACCCCUUCGCUUCCAAAGGUGAUAGCCCUUAUGUUGCCAACAACAAGUCAGUGCACCUCUUUCCUGCCAAGAUCGGACACUCCUAUUCCUGCAAGAAUGAAUCGCUCUACAUGGGGAAUGGACUGUACCUGGAAGUCUCUCAUGACAGGAUGCAGGCCUUCAAUUUUACCAACAACAAGGACUUCGGCCCCUCUGACCUCUGCCCCGCUGACAGACCAGACUACCGCGUGGCUGUGGCCGUGGGAGUGACGCUGCUGGUGCUCAUCGUCAUCGUGGUGGUGGCCUACCUGCUGGGCCGCAGGAGGAGGACCGACGGCUACCAGACUCUGUGAAGGGGCCCGCCUGCUUGACCCAGAGGUCAUUCCCAUAGUGAGCCAGAGCCAGUAAGGCUGUGGUCGCUCUCAGAGGCUAAGGGGCAUUUCCAUGCAACCCCUAAUAAGCCAUUGAAAUGUUUUUUUUUUUUUUCUUUUUACCACUGUCACUGUUUUUAACACCACUUGUUGCUUCAUAUUAGGAUUUGAUUGAUAUGGGUGUAUGAAGGCUGACAUUGUUACCAAUUUUUGAAUGUUGACACCUGACAUUGUUACCAGUUUUUGAAGGCUGACACUGUUACUUUUUUUUUUUUUUUUUUUUUUUUGGAUUUAAACUGACAUUUUGUG